CAUGACGAGAGAUGUGGGCGGUUCCCUCGACUGUCUUGCGCGCAGGUGCAGCACUGAAGUUAGCGGCGUAAACAUCUUCCCGAAUUGUGGUUUUCCUAUCAAGGUUGGAGGCAGGCCUGUUGCGAUCCAUUGACGAGAGAGGAGGCCCGUCGACAUGACUCUCAACCAGAAUCAUUCGGAGUCCGGUGGAGUCAUUAUCAACAACAGUGAAAGCGUUUUGAUGAAUCAUGACAACGUGGAGCUGGCCUUCUGCGAUGCGGACGGCUUACCUGAGGCCUUCCGAAAAAGCAGGAAGGGCAGCAUUUACCUGACUCCAUACAGGGUGAUCUUUGUGGCUAAAAGUCGAGAUUCACUCAGGUCUUUCAUGAUGCCUUUCUAUUUGAUGAAAGGCUGCGAGGUCAAGCAACCUGUCCUCGGGGCAAAUUACAUCAAGGGGACCAUCAGCGCCGAGCCCGGAGGUGGAUGGGAGGGCAGCGUGAGCUUCAAGUUGGUCUUUGCUGCGGGUGGAGCCAUCGAGUUUGGGCAAUACAUGCUGGAGGUUGCCACCCAGGCUUCCAGAGGUCAGCCGGUCAUUGCAGGCUUUGGCGGCGGAUGUCCUUUCCUUGCUAACGGAGCCUAUGCUUAUCCGCCUCCCCCUUCCAACGGGGAGUAUCCCGGCGCCGCCGGACCCCCGCCGUGCUACGCCUACCCCAACGUGCCUCCUCCAGAUGGCUUCUACCCCAACCCUCCGGCGUUCAAUAACUCCGCAGCCUACAUGGCUCCGCCUCCGUAUUCAGCCGCUCUGGGUCAGCAGCCCCCGCAGCACCCCGAAGGCCCCUCGUCGGCCGCCGCCGAGGCUAAAGCAGCCGAAGCCGCCGCAGCCGGCGCUGCCAGCAGUUCCGCGCGGCCCCCGACGCACGUGUACUUGCCAGAGGAUAAGCCUCCCCCCUACUCUCCUCCGGAAGACAAAAAGCACCAGUAGACCUCAUUUCCUUUCACACAUUUCAAUUUCAUUUGUUCAGGUCUUUCCUUCUUUUCUUGACUUGCGAUAGUUCUUGAUCGAAUGAGAAAAGCUCUUAUUUAUGAUGAUGAUGAUUAUGAAUGUGCUGCAAGAUUCCCUCUGCUUCAUGUAGCUUUGCUAUCUGUGACUUGCGUAACCUACUGCACAGUACAACUAGCAAUCGGCUAUGACGGAAUUUCAUGGGACGCUUUGCUCUGCCAAUCAAUCCAGUGAGCGAAAUGAAGUCGUUCUCUUUUUUCAUUUUUACCAUUUAACUGUAUAUAUGUAGAAGAUAAUAUAUAGGUUGAGGACGGCAUAGAUUCGAGUGAGUCAGUGAGUCCCUGAUCCAGGACUAAGAUCAGACACUGAGAAGCCAUGUACAGACACCAUCCGUUAUGUUGUCAAAAUGCAAAGCAAAGCACAGGACGAACCCAAACAAAAGUCAUGAUCGAAAGUAGCGUGGAUUGGGCUAGCAAGUUUUGUCAGAGAUUGCCUGUGAUUCCUACUCUAGUCAUUUGUGCACUGUACGUUAGAUGCGGCCGGUUCCUUGCUCAUCUCUGGGCUCGCUCAGGCAUGGCUCAAAGUAUAAAGAAACGUCCAAAUGAUCCAGUACAGUUAACAGGCCUUUAUUAAACGGAUGCUGUUUAAA